CACGUACCAAACCAAACAAAGAAAGAAACCAUCCCUUCAUUUAGAAAAAGGUACCUUCAUCAGUACCCUAGCUAACUCAAGCAUAAUUAUGAAAUCAUUCCUCGUUUUUCUCUUCCUUUUAGGAUUCUUGGCAGCUCAAACUGCAGCAAGAUCACUCAAUGAUCACACUCUAAUGAUCGAGAGACACGAGCAAUGGAUGAGUCUCCACGGACGAGUUUACCAGAACGCUUUAGAGAAAGAAAGGCGUUUCAAGAUAUUUAAGGACAAUGUGGAGUUCAUAGAAAAUUUCAACAUGGUUGGAAACAGGCCGUACAAGCUAGGCAUAAAUCGAUUUGCAGAUCUUACCAAUGAGGAACUCAGAGCCACCCAUAACGGAUUGAAGGCUUCAUCCUCCCCAAAGUUGUCCAAGUCUACAUCAUUCAAGUAUGAAAAUGUGACUAAAGUUCCUGAAUCCAUGGAUUGGAGGAAAAAAGGCGCCGUCACACCUGUUAAAAAUCAGGGCAUGUGUGGAAGUUGUUGGGCGUUUUCAGCUAUUGCAGCGACGGAAGGGAUCACCAAACUGAGUACCGGAAAACUAAUUUCACUCUCAGAACAAGAAAUAGUAGAUUGCGACCGAACCAAAAAAGAUAAAGGCUGUAAAGGUGGAUACAUGGAAGAUGCAUUUGAAUUCAUCAUCAAAAACAAAGGUAUCGCAUCUGAAGCUGCUUACCCAUACACUGAAGCCGAUGGGAAGUGCAAAAAGACUAAAGGAGCCUCACUCACGGCAAAGAUCUCGGGUUAUGAGAAAGUACCCGACAACAGCGAAUCAGCAUUGUUGAAAGCCGUGGCGAAUCAACCAGUUUCUGUCUCCAUUGAUGCAAGCAGUGAUGCUUUCCAGUUCUACAGCAGCGGAGUCUUCACCGGAGAUUGUGGAACCGACCUCGACCACGGUGUCACGGCGGUUGGUUAUGGGAAGACUUCUGAUGGAACAAAGUAUUGGUUAAUCAAGAACUCGUGGGGCAAAAGUUGGGGAGAGAACGGAUACAUGAAAAUUCGACGUGGUGUUGCUGCUAAAGAAGGCCUUUGUGGAAUUGCUAUGGAUUCUUCAUAUCCAGUAACUUAAAAGAAAAAGUGAAUCUUCAAUCUCACUGAAUUGUGAUCAGAUGGAUUAGAAAAUUUUGAUUGUAAGGUGAUGGUAUCAUCUCAGCUAAUUUUCUGUUAGGUUAAAGUCUUGCGGUGAUGUAAUCCUUUGUGUUUGUGCUUCAAUUCCAGUAAUAAAAUAAACCAUGUUUGAGUGUGCUUAUAUAAUAUAUACAACCCUUUUGUUGGACAUGCAAGGCAGAACUAUGC